GUUAGAUUGUACUACGUAUUGGAGCUUUUACGUCCCUUCCCACAGCUGCAACGCCGCUGCCUGUAAGACUUACAACGCGCAUUGUACUUUUUGUAGUUAUGAAGGCGCACUGUACUAUUUAUGAUUAUGAGUUGCUGCUUGCAGCUUACAGGCAGUUGCUGGAGCGCUAGGUCUGGGUUAUCGGGCUUAUCGGGAGAUGGACAAAGACUCGGCAAUUGACGCCACUAACUGAGAAAGCUAUUCAUCAAGAUGACUUUUAUUGAAAGCUUUAUGACAUGCUGCUUCAAAGCUAACGUUAAAGCACCUGGCGGUGUGCCUUAUGGGCCGAACUCCUUUGCCGGGGGUGUUGACGUGGAGUUAAGCAAGCAAUUAUGCAAGGAGAGCUAUCAAAAGGAGCAUGAGGGCUCACUUGAAGAUGUGCAGCGGUUGGUUUCAGCAAUAGCGAGCGGCAGCGAGGAGGGUUGGUUGCAACGAAUUGACAUGGCUGUCCGCCUGCUGCAAGAAGAGUUCGAGGCAGAAAGUGCCAGCCUUCAUGCCGUUUAUGAAGGCGGCUUUGCAUUUGCAAUAUUGGCAUCUACCGGUGUUGGCGCUGAGGAACAACUGCGUGGCGUGCCGCAAAGCAUUACACACGACCUAUCGAGCAGCAUCGCGGUACUGCUCUCGGCCCAGAUGCGAAGUAGCAGCAUCGCAGGCGCGUCAUGCAUCCGCGCCUCGGCCUUCGGGGGCUCUGUAAGCGCUCAUGCACAUCCGCAUGCCGCGGCAGCAGCUAGCACCACUACCGGCAGCGGCCCCUUCGCGCCACCCUCCACCAUACGUUCCUCCUUUCCAGGCUUCCUGGAUACCUUGCCGCCCGAUUGGCAGCAGUUGUACGGCAGACACGGGUUACGGCAUUUCAUUGCCGUACCACUGAGCAGCGGCGACAUCGUGGCGGGAGUGCUGACGCUGGCGUCCCGCUCAGGCGAUCUCCCUCCCCCUCGCUGGCGCCCAGGUGUGCUUGCUGCGGUGGGUUCUGGCCUUGCGCUGCUGCUGCAGGCGCGGCAAGUGGCCAUCGCCACAAGCACACUCACUGACGUACAUGUGGCCAGAAAUGUGGACGAGCUCGUACGGGCUGUACGGCGAGGCGUGUACGACAUUGUAUGUGCUACAACCUACCUGCCGCCCGCCAUACGUGUGGCGCUGAUUCGAGCGGACGGCUCUACGGCGGCUGUGUUUGAGGAAUCGGGCAGCAACCAUAAAGACGGUUUCGCUCGGUUCGGCUCUGAAACCUCUGGCCCCACGGGCGUUCCGGAGAUGCUGCAACCGACGCCUUCUCGGAAGUCGUUAGAUGUCAACGGUCGAGGCAGUUGGCACCAAGUGCCACAGGCCUCUUGCCUGCGUGACCGCACCAUGACAAACAACAACACGCUUUUUGGCCCCCUUAACCCCGAACAGCACCUGGCCAUGGGCGGGGCGGCAGCAGCAGCAGCUGCUGCCGUCCCCGCCUCCUCUUUCCUUCGCGAGCGGAGCUCCCUCCCAAACGUGCAUGCGCUCAGUACGCUUUCCAGUAACCCCAGCAACGUUCACAUGUCAGGGCUUCUCGGAGGUGGCGGCGCAAGAGGAGGCACGGGCGAGCAGUCCCCAGCGGCCAGGACUCCCGCGGCGUCAGGUGGUGGGGCGACGGCAGCAGCGGCGGCGGUGAGGGCGGUGGGGAUUGCUUCGCUGGCGCAAUCACAAUCACAGGCUGCGUUUGGAGCUCCAGUCGCCAGCACCGUCACCUCACCAUUCAGUACGGCGGAGGUAGCCCUCCCCGUCCGUGCCUCAGCCAUCUCCACCGCACCGCACGGCGUCGCUGCCAUGCCUGGCGGCGGCGGCGGAGGACUCAUGGGUGGUGGCGGCGUCCAUGGCGGUGGCGGUACGACAGUAGAGAUCCGGCCAACCGUGAUGCUGACGGCGCCGCAGACCAGCCUUGGCGGCGGCGGCGGUACGGCAGAGGUGGGGACGGUGGGGACCUUCGCUCGUCAUGGGAGCGCCGCCGCUGGCGGCGGCGCCUCAGACUCAGCGCUGGCGAUGAUUGGAUGCAACCCUGGCGGCGGCGCCGCCGCCGCGGGCGUUGCAGUUCCAGCCAGCCCCCGCUGCCUUGGAGUCGCUGGCGGCGGCGGUGGUGGCGGCAUGGCAACACAGUCUAUGCUUCAGGAACGGCUGCUCUCAGCAGGGGGGCUGACGUUUGGGAUGUCGUUUUGCUCUCAGCCGCCACGGACAGCGAGCAAUGGCACCGUGGGGGGAACCGGCUCAGGGCCCAAGCAGCCGGGCGCCCGUGGUCACAGCUUAUCACUUGUGAGCACGCUUCUUGGGGAGGUGCUGCAGAAGGAGUGUGGCCUGUGGAUCUCUGACUGCACCCUCUACCUGCAGGAAGCCAAGUCAUUCCCGCGUGACAUAGUGGUGUCACGUGAAAGCAGAUCCGUACACUCUAUCGCGGUUUGUGCGGGCCGGCACGGUGCCGUACCGCUGCUGGGGGUGUACUGCGUGUACGGCGCCGUACUGCCACGUCAGCUACUGCGUGCCGUAACCUUGGAGUUGGAGCAACUGAUGAAGCUGCUGGCCCCCUGCGUCUCCCACCGCCUGUGCUCCGCAGCCCUGGUGGACGAGUGGCUCUAUUUACACGAGGAAGUACUCGAUCCUGCCAAGUUCGAUCACCGACUCAACAAGCGGGGCCCCAGGCAACGGCGCUCCUCCCUCUCCAUCCCAAACAUCGACGUCACCGUCGGCGCAGCCGGCGGCGGCGGCGGAGCUGGCGGCCUGCCGUCGCCGGGCAUAGCCUGCGAAGCCUCCUCGCCUCCGCUGCCGCUGACAACAAGUCGUCGUACAAGCACACUGGCGUCGCCAACGCCCGCUGUCGGCGGCGCUGGCGGCGUCGGUGUGGGGUUGCUGGAAAGCGCGCCGCAAGGCGUCGUUGCACGCGUCGGCGGUGUCGGCGGCGACGGCAGCAGCGUCGUUGUGGCCAGUGUGGGCAUGGGCGUGGCUGCCAGUGUCGGCGGCACCGGUGAGGGGUCCUUCGUGCCCACCGGGCGAAUAAGUCCAUCGGGACGUCCAGCCAGCGACACGGGCGGCGUGUACGGAGGCGACGGAGGCGAGACGCUGCCUGUGGCGCCCCGGACGUCGGCGUCAGUGACGGGAACACCGAUAGCGGCGGCGGCGGCAGCAGCGGCGGCUGGCGGCGGCGGCGGCGGGGGCUCCCCCGCCGCCGGUGGCGCGUCAACGGCAAUUAUGAACGCAUGGCGGGCGUUGUCAAGACGCAUGUCCCGCAACACGCGCAUGCCCCCACCGGAUAACGUCAUGCCCAGCAUGAUCGACGCCUUUCUCGUGAAAGAGGAACCCGGGACGGAGCGCACCAGCGGCGGCAGCAGGAGCAGCACCAUCAGCGUAAUGACCCGG